AUGUCGAACGCGACUCUCGGAGUCACUGCCGCAACUUCAGUGUUUAACACAAGUGGCCACGUAUUUUCAGUGCAAGCAGUUUCAGCCGUAGUGCGCGGCUUUUUUGACAUACAUUCCAACCCAACUUCUACCAGGCGUGAGCCUCAGCAAGACACUGAGCAGCCCAAGGCAGCAAAGUGCAAGGCCACCAAGGCAGAAGAUCCUUACGCCGGCUACAAAUGCCUCGAGACCAACAAGGAGCGAGGAAGACUUCUCACUCUAGCAUCCUUAGGCGCAUCCUCUACAGACAGGCAGCGUGCAGCGGCCAGGUCAUACCCCCCGCUCGAAUGCUACAAGCCCAGAAAAGGACAUCUCACUACAGGCGGUCGAAGGCCAAGACCACCCCCAGAGAUUAUCACCUCCAACGCCGUUCCCCCCAUCAUUGUUGCUCCACAGCCAGUGCGACCCCUUCCCAACUUCGUUAAGGUCAACACACACGCACGACCCAUUCGCCCUCUUCCGUCCAAAGUCAGGCCCACCCUCCACAUCGAAACACUCAAGAAGCAGGUCUCUGCUACCCGCUUCAGACUACAACCGAUAUUAGGAGCAUUCUGGGAGAAAAUUGAUCAGGACAAACGAAAGAAGGUACAACUCCUCGCAUCAGAGUUAGACAAAGUCUGCGCAGACCUCUACACGGAAACUCAUGAAUACACCUUCGUCGACAAGCAGGUCGUCAACACGUGCUGCCUAGAAAUAGGCAGGAUCAACUUCAAGGAGAUAGGGAAGCAGCAGAGGUUAGACGAGAUCGUCAGGGAGAUUGGGAAAUUCGAGCAUCUAGAAGAUGCGCUCAGACAGUCCGCUCCCGGAGAAGUCCCGGACCACAUCCGCGAAUGGGUUAUUGUCACAAUGAAGCUCAUGGUCAGUACCGAAGUCACCAAGGUCUACAAUGUGCUCAGAAACAAGAUGUACGAGCACAAGAAAGCCUUCGAGUCACUGAUACAAAACAACAAGAGCGAACACCGACUCAAGGAGGGAAUGCUCCAGACGGAGAUCGGGAAGCUCAAGGAUAGGAUCCUCGCGCAAGAUGCGCAUAUGAUGGUUUUGAAUGACGAGCUCACGGGAACCCAGGUGGCAAUGCUCGAUACAGGCAAAGAAAUGAUGGAAAUCAAGGCAGCUAACGUCAAGCUGCGACAUGAGCUAGCUUCGCUCAAAGCAAGCGGCAUCACUGUGAUGCAAGGUCAAACGUCCGGCACGGUCCAAUCACACAAACCCCACAUCAAAAUUGCUGAGCCUCCACACUACUCGGGCAAAGGAAGUCUGGAGGAUUGGCUCCAACAACUCAGUAUAUGGAUGCGGUGGAAUGAGAUCAAUGAUGACGAGCACAAGAUCACCACGGCCCUGCUGCAUUUGGAAGGUGGCGCAUUCACAUACAUGUCCAAAUAUGCAACCAGAGCAGCAGCACAGCAGGCACUUGGCACAUGGGAAGACUUCGUCAACAUUCUCAAAGUGAACUACAGAACCCUCGACCCGGACAAGGAUGUGCAGCAGCAUCUGAAGGAUAUCUGUGGCAAGACGUAUCCCACGAUGGUAUCCUCUGCAGAACAGUUCCGCCAAUGGGCCACUAAGACCAACUUAGGGCACACUGCACUCAUCGAAUAUCUCGACCUAUGCCUUCAAUUAGAGUCCAAGUUCAGAGCCGACAAGGCAGGACAACGUGGAACGGUUACGACAUCAUCAUCAUCAGCACCACGGGCCCCGAAAGACCCCAAUGCAAUGGUCGUGGAUCGAGUAUCCACCCUCACCAAGGAACAAGAAGGAUGGCUGGAGAAGAAGCUGUGUCGAUGCCCAGACCCCAAGUACAAAGGCAAAUUCGAAAUGCCGAAGGGGGGCCAAGCAACAAGGGCAAUUUCUUCAAACGCGGCCUCAGACAUCUCCGACGACAGCAAGGCGAGAUAUGAAGCAGUCCAUGCUUUCAUCGCCAGCUACGACGCGAAGGGAAAGGAAAAGGAGGCAGAACCGGAACCAGCUGUCGAAGCAGCUAGGAUCACGGAGGUAGAAGAUGAUGAGGAUUUUCUUCGGCGGGUUCUCUGA